AUGUUCAUCCUCACAGCCCUCCUCACCUCCCUCCUCCUCCUCCUCCUCCUCCUCCUCCUAACCACCGCCCUCCCCACCGACACCGAAACCACAACCCCCCGCGACGCGACACCACCACCCUCCUUAGAAGAAUUCCUCUCCUCACCCAUGACCUUCGAGAAACGCCAGUCCAACUCCAGCAACACCAACCUCCCCUCCGCCACCGUCCAACUCUGCACCGCCCCGUCCUUCAAAGGCGAAUGCACCAAUGCCACCUGGCCCGUCAACCAAUGCAUCGACCUCAAGGGCUACGCGGGUCUGACGGAGAGUUUCCUCCCCGGGGAGGGGUUUGAGUGUUUGUUGAUGCAGGGCAAGUGCGACGCCACGCAGCCUUUCGCGGAAGUUGGGGAUGAGGACGAUAAGGAGGGAGGGGAUCUGACGACGUAUAGCUGGGUGGGGGAGUUGAGCAGUUAUAUGUGCUUUACGGAGAUUCAGGCUUUGGGGAGGUUUGUGAGGGUUUCGAGGUUGAGGGUUGCGACUAGUGGUGCGAAGGCUUGA